AUGAAAUGGAGAGGCGACCAGAAGACGGCAGAAUUAGAGGUGCCGUGCCUGAGGACCCAGCCGCAAUCAAUCGAGGAGUCUGAAGCUAGAAGUGGAAGGCAGGUGGGCAUCAGUGACGUCAUAGCAGUACGUCACAACCUCUUCGCGUGGAGUACGAGGAAAGAGGAAGGAGAACCUGCAGCAACGGAGACAUCAUACGAGCUUGACGUG